CAUUCUGGAUUUUCUUGUUUCCAGGUGAAAGAGCCAACUAAGCGUAUUGUUCUGAACAGUUCUGAUCUUGAAGUUGAAAAGGAUGUCACACUGGAACUUAGCAAUGGCAGCGCUAUCAAGGCGACUGAGGUUGACACAUCUGUCAAUGACUGUGAAACCAUUGCACUGGUGUUUUCUUCAGAAGUACCCACUGGAAAGUGCAAAUUCACCCUGAAAUUCAGCGGAAAGCUAAAUGACAGCUUGAAGGGGCUGUACCGCAGUAAAUACACGAGUCAUGACACCAAUGAGGAGCGCUACUGUGCAGUCACUCAAUUUGAAGCUUGUGAUGCUCAUCGGUGUUUCCCCUGUUGGGACGAUCCUGCCAUCAAAGCAUCUUUUGAUAUUACUCUUGCUGUUCCAAAGAACAGAGUUGCCUUGUCUAACAUGCCUGUGAAACAAGAAGAAGACCUUCCUGAUGGAAACAGGCUUGUCAAAUUUGAAACGACUCCCAUUAUGUCCACUUAUUUAGUUGCCAUUGUGGUUGGAGAGUUUGAUUACAUUGAGGACUUCACACCAGAGGGCAUUAGAGUCCGUGUUUACACUCCUGUCGGAAAGCAGGAGCAAGGACAGUUCGCAUUGGAAGUAGCUGUGAAAGUGCUCCCUUACUACAAGGAGUACUUCAAAAUGCCAUAUCCCCUUCCAAAAAUGGAUCUGAUUGCUAUUGGCAGUUUUGCUGCAGGUGCCAUGGAAAACUGGGGCCUUGUGACGUACAGGGAGACAUGUCUACUGGUUGAUCAAUUGAUGACUUCAACGCAAAGAAAGCAGUGGAUUGCGCUGAUUGUUGCCCAUGAAUUGGCUCACCAGUGGUUCGGCAAUCUGGUCACCAUGGAAUGGUGGACUCAUUUGUGGCUGAAUGAAGGUUAUGCCACGUUUGCUGAGUUCCUUUGUGUGGCUAGCUUGUUUCCAGAGUAUGACAUGUGGACUCAGUUUGUCACAGAAACUUGGAGCCCUGCUCUCAAGUUAGAUGCUUUGAAAAACAGUCAUCCAAUUGAGGUACCAGUGGGUCAUCCCCUUGAAGUUGACGAAAUAUUUGAUGACAUAUCUUACAGCAAAGGUGCUUCAGUCAUACGAAUGUUGCAUAGGUACAUUGGUGAUGCUGAUUUUGCCAGGGGCAUGAAUCUGUAUUUCAAUAAAUACAAAUAUGGUAAUGCUGCCACUGAUGACUUGUGGUCAACUCUUGAAGAGGUCUCCAACAAGCCUAUUUCCUCAGUUAUGUCACUCUGGACUAGGCAGAUGGGCUAUCCUGUUAUAUCUGUUCGAAGUGAGCAGGAUGGCAACAAUAGGAAGUUUUAUUUAAAACAGACUCAGUAUUGGGCUGAUGGUAGUCCUAGCUCUGGAGAAUCUCAAAUGUGGAUGGUGCCUAUUGAAUUCAGCUCAUCAAAAGCACCUAAUGAAGUUCUUCAUGAAGUGUUAUUGGACAAGAGAGAAGCUGAAGUGGUGAUCAGUGGAGUGGGAGAAAAUGAUUGGGUGAAACUCAACCCGGGCAGUGCUGGCUUUUACAGAGUUCAGUAUUCCACUGAAAUGCUCCAGAAGUUCAAACCGGCUGUAGCUGACUUGUCUCUUCCACCUUUGGACCGUCUUGGUCUCCUUGGCGAUUUGUUUGCUCUUGUUCAAUCCGGACAGACCAGUACUGACCAAGCUUUGCUCUUGCUGGAAGCAAUGCAGAAUGAGGACAACUGCACUGUUUGGUCUUCAAUGACAUCAGUGCUCAGCAAGAUCAGAAUGCUUCUGCAAUAUGCCCCAGAUAUUCAGCCCAACUUCAUUAACUUUGGUCGCCGAUUGCUUGCAAAUAUUGCUUCAACUGUUUCAUGGGAUCCUCGCCCUGAUGAAGGUCACAAGGACAAGCUUCUUCGAAAUGUUAUCCUGGAUCUCCUAUAUGCCUUUGAAGAUGAAGCUAGUGUUGCUGAAUGCCACACGCGAUUCGAAGCCCACAAGAAUGGUUCAGCUCCCUUGUGGUCUGAUAUUCGAAGCACAGUCUACAAAACUGUCUUGAGGAGUGCUGAUGCUGCAACUUACGAAACUUUCUUGACGUUGUACAGACAAGAAACACUUCAAGAAGAGAAAGAGAGAAUUUUGCAUGCCCUUGCAGCGAUUCGAAAUGAAUCUCUUCAUAAAGAAGUUCUCAACUUUGCCCUGACUGACGAGGUUAGGAGGCAAACUACUCUAACACUCAUGGGCGCCAUUGCUCAGUCCCGGAAAGGCCGUGAUUUGGUUUGGGACUAUGUGAAAAACAACUGGGAUGAAAUUCACAAGAAAUAUGGAACACCUGUUAUUCUGUCGGGCUUCAUCUCUGCUUCCUUUUCACACUAUGCCUCAGAAGAGAUGGCUGUUGAAGUCGAGAAAUUCUUCGCAGAAAACAAUACCAGUGGAGCAGAGCGAGCUGUCCAGCAAACUGUGGAAAGAAUACGAAUUAAUGCAGCAUGGCUCAAAAGAGACCUUCCAUGCAUCAAAGCAUUUUUACAAAAUUUUAAGUAAACUUAAUACUUAUUUGGUUUUGACUACUUUAAGUAUGCUUCAAUCUUGCUAUGGAUAUUGUGUAUACCUCAAACUUUGUCCUACCCUUUUAAAAGUAAUAAUAUUUUUAGAUAUGCCCUUUUCAAAAUCUAUGUGUUAUGAGCAUUUUAUGUCUAUUUGACAGUAAAUUAGCAUUUGUUUACUGCUCUGUUGUUUAGCUUUCUUUAAAGCAAAAGGGUAAAAGUUGACGCUAUUGCUAUAUUAAAGAUUAUGAAAUGUUUUUAAAACUGGAGGAAGGAGCUGUUAUGAACAUGUUGAUGAGAAUUGAAAUAUUGGCCUUCAGUGCUUGGUUGACAUGUCCCAGUUAUAGUGUUAAAAUUAAAUAAAGUCAAAUGAAAACAUUAAGGAAAGGAAGGCUUAUACAAUUGCGUUACAAUUGUCUGACUAGAAUCUAUUGGUCGAGUGUCACUCAAUGUGAGUACUAUUCAUAAAGGAAGUCUGUUGCUUUUCAAGAAUAAGUUUGGUUCUUACUAUCUUCAGAUGAAACCUUGAGCCUUUGCAGUGCUUGUUGUCAACUAGUUCAGUUCUACUUAACUAAUUGCCUGGUAACAGUUUUGCUGUUUGCUUAAUUCUUUAGAUGCCUUAGUACAUCUUUCUGUUCAUAUAUUUUUACCAACAUGUAUAUAAGUGUACUAUAUGUCAGGGGAGUUGAGAUUGCAGAGGUAGUAAAUUCCAGAAUUCUUUAACAACAUGGUAAUUCAUUUUUUAUUUAUUUAAUGUAGUAUGUACCAAAUGGUUGAUAUCUAAUGAGCUACAUUACAUACAGUACAUAUUUCAUCAUUACAUUCAGGGCUCUCGCUAUUUCCUAAGACCUAUGAAAAAGAAAGAAUCUACCAAUAUUGAUAAAUUCAUGGUUCUGGGUUUUUUGCUUCCAAGUCAGGAAAUGGUGAAACAAAUGGUUACCGCUGAAUGCCCUCAAUUUUCCUGUGUCUGAUAGGGAGUACUUCUAUUCGUGUGAUAUUAUAAAACAUUUGGUUCUGCUCAGGAUAUGUAAAAAAAAGUUGUGCCUUCUCUUUGUUGAAAUUCAAGAGUGAUUUAGAACCACAGUCAUUUAAUAUUACAACAGCCCUUUUUUCACUUGAUUAAAGCUUAUAUUUAAUACAGCAUUGAACAGUAUUCCGACCAGCAGAAUAGCGUUGCUAAUAGUUUACAAAAUAAACGAAUUACAAAAGCAUGUCAUGAUUUACAUGUAGACAUGAGAUCCUAAGGUUACCUUAUAAAUAUUAUUGCGUUUGCACAAAUGGCCAAAUGCCUCUAUGUGUUUGUAUUAUGUGUUUGUGAAAUGAAAUAUUUGAUAUGCUGGUUUUGCAGAGCAAAGGGAAUUUUUUGUAUAAGUCUUUAAAUUGCUUGGUGCAUAUAGAUGUUAUAUGUUGAUUGCGCUCAGUGUUGUGGCAUAACUAUAAAUGCAUUCAAGCCAACAAGAAUGGCCCAAUGAGUUGCUUCCAUCUGUUGAAAUACAAUACCAGUAUCUUGGCAACAAAA